GAUGAAGAUCAUCAAGCAUUACCAGGAGGAAGGUCAAGGCAGUGAGCUGGUGCAGGGGGUGCUGCUGGGGCUGGUGGUGGAGGACAGGCUGGAGAUCACCAACUGCUUCCCUUUCCCUCAACACACAGAGGACGAUGCUGACUUUGAUGAAGUCCAGUAUCAGAUGGAGAUGAUGAGAAGUUUGCGCCAUGUAAACAUUGAUCAUCUUCACGUGGGUUGGUACCAGUCAACUUUCUACGGUUCUUUUGUCACCCGUGCCCUUCUGGACUCUCAGUUCAGCUACCAGCACGCCUUCGAAGAGUCAGUUGUGCUUAUAUAUGAUCCCAUCAAGACAGCCCAGGGUUCUUUGUACUUGAAAGCCUACAGAUUGACCCCAAAACUCAUGGAGAUCUGUAAAGAGAAGGACUUCUCGGCAGAUGGGCUGAAGAAGGCUAGCGUGGGUAAUGAGAACAUGUUCGAGGAGGUGCCCAUUGUCAUCAAGAACUCUCAUCUCAUCAACGUUCUGCUGUGGGAGCUGGAGGACAAAUCCACUGCUGCAGACAAACACGAGCUCUUGAACCUUUCCAGCAGUACUCAUCUGGAGAAGAGCCUGCAGAUGCUGAUGGACCGUGUGGACGACAUGAGUCAGGACAUUGUCAAGUACAACAACUACUGCUGCAGUCUCAGCAAGCAACAGCAGCAGAAACAUCAGUACAUUCAGAGACGGCAACAGUAAAAUGCGCAGAGACAGAGUCGAGGAGAGCCUCCGCUUCCUGAGGAAGACCUGAGCAAGAUGUUCAAACCUCCUCAGCCGCCUCCACGAAUGGACACCCUGCUCAUUGCUAGUCAAAUCAACACAUACUGCCAAACCAUCAAGGAGUUCACAUCUCAAAACCUGGGCAAGCUUUUCAUGGCUGAAGCUCUUCAAGGAACAAGCAGUUAGACUUGAGCCACCCACAUUGUCCUAUGAUUGGUCAAGAGUCACCAGUUCUGUUUUAAUGACUUUUUCUGUGGCUCAUUUUAAUACAGUGUUCCAAUGGUUUUCGAUUUUUGAUUUAACAUUACUAGACC